AACCAAUCAGAGGAGCCUGCACAGACAGGCUUAGUGAAUGCGGGGGAAAAUGGCCGCUCCACUGUGGAUAACACUAUCAGGAAUCUUGUUAUACCUAUUGACACAUGUCGUGGUCAAUGGAGAUGUGGAUAACAAAGACAUGAAGAAAUCUGAGGAGUAUAUCAAAUACCAGAAUACAUUGACUGAAUCUCAGAUAACGCAUGAAAUCCCUAGUACAGCUUCAAUAGAUGACACAAGCAUUGGCUCAGAUACCAAUAAAGAUGGAAAAAUAGACUCUACCUACCCAGAGGAUGGUCAUAUUGUUGUUAAUAUUAACAAAGUAUCAGAUUCUGAAGAUAUAGAGAAGGCUUUUCCAUCAGAACAUAAUGCUGAAAAGAAAGAAUCCAUCCAAGAUCAAGAGGAAUCAGAUGCAGAUAGGAGAGAAGAUGAACAGAACAAGAUUAUUCAGGAUCAAAAGGAGGUUCCAAAUGAUAGAACAGAGAAUGGAGAAGAGAUUAAAGAAGUGGAUAUAAAUGCUGACACUACAAACCAAAGUUAUCAUUAUUUGUCCUUUGGAAACAUUCUAAAAAGUAUUGUAGACCCUGUGUUGGAAAGUAGUACUGAAGUCUUGGCUGAUAUGCCACCCUUUGAUAAUAAUGACUCCUCUCUGAAUUUCACUAAAAUUGUGGAAAAUGGCACGUUAGACAAAUCUUUAGGGGAAGAUGAUGAACUUACAAACAAAACAGACAAGAAAGUAAGGUUUCAGUGUAAUGGUAAGAACUUCACAGAUGCAAAUGUAACAGCUCACACUGUAAAAAUUGUUAACAACACAGGACUUUUAAAUGCACUGAACUUUGACAAGAAUGAAAGUGUGUCAGACUGUGUCCUUGUAUUAUUUUUUGCCCCUUGGUGUCCAUUUUGUGCUAAAAUGGCACCAAAUUACAAUGCUUUGGCCAGGGCGUUCCCUCAGCUGGAGGUGCUGGCAGUGGAUGCUGCACAAUUCAGCAAUCUCAAUGCCAGAUUUGGAACUGUAUUGGUACCAAACAUCCUACUUUUUCAUCAGUCCAGAGCGUUGGUCAGGUUUAACCAGACUGAUAAAAGUUUUGACAACUUGGCAUCUUUUCUCAGAAAUAUUACAGGUUUGGAGCCGAACAGCUCUGUGAAUGUGACACAGGAGGACUAUGAAGGGCCCCUGUCAAGUAUACCAACAGAGGAGUCAGACUAUCUGUUAUGGGUGGCAUGGAUUUUUGUCCUUAUUUUCACCAGUAUUGUCUUUGUUCAGUCUGCAUAUGGUCAGCAGUGUAUCACUAAGGUACGCAUACUCUGGCAGGAACACCAGCAUAUAGACUGACCAUGCCAGUGGUCAAGGGAUUCAACUAUGGUAGAAACACAGUACAUCAUUCUAUAUACUGUGUCAGGAAGUGAAGUCCAUACACUGACCAUGCCAGUGGUCAAGAGAUUCAAAUGGCAGAAACACAGUACUCACUAGUAUGGUGGUAGGAACUACAGCACACAGACUGACCAUGCCAGUGAUCAAGGAAUUUUAAAUAUGACAGAACAAGGUACUAGGAACUGCAGCACACAAAUUAAACUGACCAGUGGUCAAUAUGCAAAAAUGGUUUAUGGUUUAAACGCUAUCAAUUAGCCAGUGGUCAAAGAAUAUCAGAGACAGCUAUACAAUAAACAGUACAUCAAUUAACCAUGCAUCACAAAAAAAGACCAGUGACCAGACUAGUACCAGGGUACGAUGGUCAAUGAACUUUAUUGAAGACAGAAACACUAAUGGAAAGUAUUGGAAAAGUAAUGAAGAAAGAAUUUUAUAGUAAUGUCUUUCAACAACAGUCAAUAGCAUUAAUUGAAGAUGCAUGUUGUACUAUCAACCUUAGAUUCAUCAUUGGAAACCUACGAGACUUUGCACUUUUGAUUGAGUCAAUUGAAGUGUAGAGUCUCGUGGGUUUUGAUGAUGUCUUUGAAUGUAAUGCUUAGUAUUCCAACACAGUAUUAUUGUUCGCCCAUCUGAUAACACAGUACUUUAUGAGAUGAUGUGGUAUAGUUACAGCUUUCUGACUGUUCUCAUAGUCUUAGGCUUGAGUAUUUGCCAUUCCCAUGGCUCUUCCUAACACCACAAUAUCAGCCAGCUUCUUGUCCAGCUCCUGUAACACUCGAUGGUGAUUCAACUGCACAAAAUCUCUUUGUCACAGUCAGAAGAUUUUACUCAAUUUACUCAAUUGUUUGAGAUGUACAUUGUUUUACUGACUCCCCUCCUGCCUCCCCUUAAUGCUGCAGAGAUGUUUAAAAAAAUCAGAUUUGAUUAAAAGAAGCAUUUGAUUAUCAAAGCUAUAACGCUGUGAUUGUUGUAUGGUCGUUAUUGGCCCUUCACCCACGUACACAUUACGAUGUAUGGAAGGGUUUUAUUGAGUAAAAAGGGAGGGUGUUGGGGGACAAUAUUUAUGUAGUGCCGGUCUCCAUAUACCCAAUACAAUUUGUAUGUCCCCUAGUGCCGAUCCUCAUAUACCCAAUAUGUCCCCUAAAUGCCAUCCCCAAUGUACCUAGUAUGUCCCAAGUACCCUCCCCAUAUACCCAAUGUCACCAAGCACCCUCCCCCAAAUACCCAUUAUGUCCCCUAACACUCUCUCCCAUAUACCCAAUUUUCCCAAGCACCCUCCCACAUAUACCCAAUAUGUCACCUAACACCAUCGCUAUAUACCCAAUAUACCCUCUAACAUCCUCCCCUAAAUACCCCCAUAUACCCAAUAUGUCCCUUAGCACCAUCCCCCAUAUAUAUACCCAAUAUUCUCCGAGCACCAUCUCCACAUCUGCACAAUAUGUCCUGUUGCAUCCCUCCCCAUAUACACAAUAGGAUCCUUCCUAACAUCCUCCCCUAAAUACCCAAUAUGUCCCCCAACACCAUCCCUAAAUACCCAAUAUACCCUCUAACAUCCUCCCCUAAAUACCCAAUAUGUCCCCCAACACCAUCCCUAAAUACCCAAUAUACCCUCUAACAUCCUCCCCUAAAUACCCAAUAUGUCCCCCCAACACCAUCCCUAAAUACCCAAUAUACCCUCUAACAUCCUCCCCUAAAUACCCAAUAUGUCCCCCCAACACCAUCCCUAAAUACCCAAUAUACCCUCUAACAUCCUCCCCUAAAUACCCAAUAUGUCCCCCCAACACCAUCCCUAAAUACCCAAUAUACCCUCUAACAUCCUCCCCUAAAUACCCAAUAUUUCCCCCAACACCAUCCCCGUAUACCCAAUAUGUCCCUUAGCACCAUCCCCCAUAUAUAUACCCAAUAUUCUCCGAGCACCAUCUCCACAUCUGCACAAUAUGUCCUGUUGCAUCCCUCCCCAUAUACCCAAUAGGAUCCUUCCAUACAUCAUAGCAUGUCUGUGCUUCACCAUUCCAGUCCAGUGGUGAUAUAUAAGUUUUUAAGAGGAAAAAUGUUUUCUUUUUUUUAUCAUAUGCAUGUAAAUUAUCACUAAUUGGCACCCCUGAGUGAUGUCCUACCCGUGCUGUAAAAUAUUGAUAAUUUUCUUUGCAAUAAUGAACAUUUUUUGGUUAAUCAUUGGUUCAUUAGCUACUGUUGUAACAGAAAACAUUUGGCACUUUUGACUGACUCUUUCAAAAGUGUAAAAUGUUUUCUGCUACAUGUGCAACAGUACAUGUAGCUAUGCGGAUGGCCUAUAUGGCACCCCUAGUGUCAAAGAAAACAGCAUAUACCUAUAUGUAACGAUAUGUGUAUAAAUAUGAAUAUAUGUGUGCUUUUCUUUAGCUGUAUUAUAUAUUCAUCUGGAUAUAAAUGAUGUUUAAAAUAAAUUUUAUUUUAUCUAUGUGGGUAGGCCUGCAUUUAGAAAGUGAGAGAUGUCAAUACCAGUAUGUUUCAGUGAUGGACAUUAAUACAAAUUUGCAUAUUGAUCCUGAAAAACAUUGGAUGCAAGGACAGUAUAAAUGGAAAUACUGAAGAGUUAAAUGCGCUUCAUGUGCUGGGAAGAAGUGAAUCAGGGUACAUAUAUGUAUAUCUUUAUUGAACAGAAAAUGGAGGAGUACAGUAAUUCAAUGUAAGGAAGCUUACAUGGCCAUAUUGUGUUCAAUAUAUAAUGUACAGUAGAUCUGUACAUGUCAUACUAGUCCUGAAAUCAUCAGUGAAUCUGGUUCUCAGUUUUAGAUAUGCAGACAAUGGAAUUAUUCUUUAUAUGCACAUGUUUAAGUGAGCAUUUGUGUGUGUGUGUGAAUGUUUUGCAUAAAUCAAAGAUUUUCAUCUCAAUAUUUUCCUGUAAAUGUUUCACUUUAAAUUAUUGCUGAGUAACUAAUGCUUGUGGAUAAAUGAUACAUAAAUUAGUUAUCUUUGGCUUCAACACCAGUCAUGAGACAUUUUGAUGAGAAACAAGACAUCUGGUGUUGGGGGCGGAGGAAACCCAGGAUAAGAAUAUGUGUAUUAUGCAUAAAUGAUGUGAUUCUUAUAUUGUGCAAAUGAUAACAUUAUGAUGCUGUAUGUUUGUUAUAAGUGUGAUUUGUACUAAAUUAUUUGAUUGUUAUCGUCUAAUAUCAUAGGUAUGAAUUUAAUUUGAAUGUCAUACUUUUAAGGUUAUUGGUUUUCUUUAUAGGUCACUCAUUUGUGACUUUCAUUCGGACUAGUAUCUUGGGGAUACAUAUAUCCUGCAAUAGUGUGAGAAGAUACAUUGUCUGUACUAAUUAAGUAUGCAAAUUUAUGUUAAUAAUAAACACAAUGUUACAUAGA